AUGAGUAAAGAUUACAUAAAAGAAAACGACCCCAUAAUCUAGAUUAAAGUGUUAGCAGGUACUAAACUAUCCAAAUUAGGUAGUAUUCAAUACAGCGAACAUUUAAAAAGUCCGACUGAAAUGAUUGAAAGCUGGAUUGAAACACAUUUUAAUAAAAGUCAAAAAUAUUAAGCAAAAUUAUCAAAAAUAAGAUAAUAGUAAGAAGAACAGGAAAAGAAGGAGGUUGAAUAAUAAGUUGAAUUUGUGUAAUCUUUGAAUUAAAGAACUGAAAAAAAGAGAUAAAAAAGAUUAUUGACAAUUUAAUAAAGGAAGGAGAGAGCAAAAGAAUUGAAUUCAAGAAGUAUUGAAAUUCAAAGAAAAGUCAAAGAGACUUAAUUUGAAACUCUUAAGCAAUCUUAAGUCAGAUAAUAAAUAGAUAGAUAGGCAUCGAUAAACUUAGAUAAGAAGAUUGAUUAAUUGAAACAACAGUUCUCAGAACAACUCCAAUAAUAAUCCUAAAUUUAUCAAGAGAAACAAUAAAAAGCAGUUUAAAUUAAAUAAGAAUGUGACCUAAAUAAAUAGAUAGUUGCAAAAUUAUAAUUAUUAAAAACUGAAAGAAAUAGUGAACCUCAUAGCAAUAAUAAUAAUAAAUAAUCGAAGGUUGAUUUAUGGUCUGUUAGAUUACCUUAAUUAUUACAUAAGAAGGAAGAAGUAUAAUAAUAAGAAUACAACAAUAAUUUGGUUUAUGUAGUUAAUAAAUUUCGAAGAGUCAGUAUGUAUAAAUCUAUAAAAUCUGCUCAUUCAUAAGAAGAUUUAACUUAAAAAUAAUAAAUGUAAAGAGAAAGAUAUUCAUCCAAAUAAGAAUAUUUUCAACAUCGAGGAGAAUAAGUAUAAGUUAAAUUAAAGAAGAAGGAUGAACAUUUGUAAAGUUUGUAAUUAAAAAAAUAGAAUGAUUUAGAGAACAAAUUUUCAAAAAUUAAAAAUUAAAUUGAAGAAAAUGAAACAAGACAUGAACAUAUCUAAAAACAAUAUUAAGAAAAAUUAAUCUAAUAAUUGAAUAAAGAGAUUAGUAAACAUAAAUAUAACUUAAGUUUAAUAAAAUAAAGAGAUAAAGCAGUUGAAGAUUUAAAAUUUUUAAGGCAAUUUGAUAAGAGCAAAUCCUCAUCAUCGUUAACAAAAAUACAAAAAUGA